AAAGAUGAUAAGAGUUAAAUCUUAUCACAGUGCUUUCUGUUAGAGACAUAUUGUGCCGCUUUUUAAAACUUACAUGAUUAAAAAAAAAUGUUAAAAUAGAGUGAAUUAUUGCCAAGUUACAGGAGUUUGUUGAUGAAUUACAAAUCAAAUACUCAAGUUACCUGCUGUAUAUCCUACAUCAAAAGCAUGGUGCAAGCAAAGACAGAUUUUGUAUUUACUACAUUGUUGACUCUGGCUUUCUUAUUUCCUUUAGCAAAUGGACAGACAUCAUCCCUGACAUGCAAGAAAUGUGAUAGAGUCUCAAGUCUUGAUAGUUGCACAGGAUCGACGAAAUGUGCCGCCGAUGAGAUAUGCUUUAUGGAUGAGAUAAUCACGGAUCAACUGAACGUUGUAUACACUGGAGGAUGCCGCUCAAAAGUCGUGUGUAAGUCUGGUGUAGGAGGGGCAUCAUAUGUUGGAAAGCGCAGUCUACAGAAGAGAUCAGAUUCGGUAGCAUGUUCUAGAUGUUGUGAUGUAAAGAAGAAGACUGGUGAACUUGAAUGUAAUGCCAGAUUGUGUGGCAUAAGAUAUACUAACACCGAUUCUGUCAGAUGUUUUGUUUGUGACACUGAUAUAGCUGGCGCAAAACAGGGAGAUGUAGAUAUGCCUGAACAUUGUAUGUCAAAUACUACAUGUCAGGUGAAUGAGGCAUGUAGUGUGGAAAGACUCUACGAUUAUGGUGAAACCAGACAUAAAUACACAUGCUUACGAAAACGUAUAUGUUUACUGUUAACCAAAGAAGCUCUCAAAAGGAAAGACGAAUGCGUUGCAAACCCAGAUCCUGCUAUCUGCGGACAUGCUGGUAUGCGAAAGAGGACAGCGAACAAUAUGUGUACAGCCUGUUGUGGGGAUGGUUUAUGUAACAGCGGAUCGUGUGAGCAAGUUAUAGACCGUCUGUAUAACUUAUGGAAAGGUGGCGUACUGGAUUUUGAUAAUCUACAGGUGAAAGCAAUAUCGACCAAGAUACAAUCGACAAUAAAUCCAGAUUUAAUGUCCAACGUUGAUGUCGUGUGUCCACCAGCUAUGAAAGACCACUGCUAUGUUGUAUCUAAAUAUCGACUGUCAUGGUUUGGUGCAAAGAUGAUUUGUCUUGCUAGACAUGGUAAAUUAUUUGUCCCAGAGAGUAUGGAAGAGGAACUGUUUGUUGAACAUUACCUUAACACAGUGGCAGCUUUUAUGCACUACUCCAACCAUUCCUUUUGGAUCGGCGGAAGAACAGAAUCGAAUGGGAAUUCGUGGCUGGAUAUAAAGGGCAAUAGUGUAGAAAGGUGGGCGGCCACUAUUCAAAAUAUGCAACAUCAAAACGACACUUCUUGUAUCGCAAUGGAUGGUCAAUGGAAUUUCCUCUGGAAUAGAUUCCAUUGUAACAACACAUUAUUCUUUAUUUGUAAAGAAAAGACACCGUACAACCCAGCAACUGCAACCGAUCGUUAGAUAGAUAUUUACUGACAUCCUUUUAAGUGUAAACAAAUCUUAUUUAAAGUGAAACAACACGUU